AAAGGGUAUCACGUUGCCAUUAAACGAAUGAUCAUGGUUACAUACAAACUCAUAUGCGCGUUGCGCAGGGGGUAACUAGCUAGCUGUUAGCAUUUGAUGUCCAAUCAUAGGCCAAAUGAAGAUAUCUUACGCAGUCCGUUUACCUUUGAAAACAGUUGCCAUAGUUCCGGUCUGCUUUAGGGAUAGCAGCUGGAUCUGGUCUGCUUAGUUCAUUGACUUAAUAUGAACCAGAAAAAUAUGUGCGAGUGGGAUGUCUCGCUUCCUUUUCCGUAUCUGGUCCAAUGCAAUGGUUGUGGCUGGCUUGUCCUCGCCGAAUGACCGUGGCGAGAUCGCCCUUUACUUUUUUUUAAUUUAACCUUUAUUUAACAAGUUGGUUCUCUUCCCCCACUCUUUCUGUCUCAGGUCUGGAUGCUGCAGGCUGUGUCCAGGCUGAGUAGAGCAGCGGUGCGCGUGAGGAGAGUGGCCGCCCAGGUCCAGGUCACCACUGUAACCAUGGCCCAGAAUCACCAGAGCUGCGGUACCUCCUGUCAACAGAAGGGGGGUGCUGUCACAGCAGCCAUCCUCAUCAUCGGGGACGAGAUACUCAAGGGUCACACGGUGGACACUAACAGUGCUUUCCUGUUGCGAGCGCUGAGGAAGCUGGGAGUGUGUGUCCAGCGUGUCACAGUAAUCCCUGACCAGCAGGAGGUCAUCUCGAAGGAGGUGGCCCUCUUGGCCCCACAGUACACACACCUGCUCACCUCUGGGGGAAUAGGCCCCACCCACGAUGACGUCACCUUCGAGAGCGUUGCCAUGGCGUUUGAGGAGGAGCUGCAUGCCCACCCGGAGCUGACCCGUUUGGUGGAGGAGUUCUUUGGGGUGGUGGAUAGGGAGAGUGCAGCCAUGAAGCUAGCCAUGGUCCCCCGCUCGGCCAAGCUCAACUACGGCACUGACCCUCAGACUGGACAGCCACUACGCUACCCACUGGUGAGUGUGCGUAACGUCUACAUCUUCCCUGGGAUCCCGUCUCUGUUGGAGAGAGCCUUCAACGGUCUGGAGCACCUGUUCGCUGGCUCAGGGACCACCUUCCACACACGAGAGGUGUUUGUGGAUGCAGACGAGGCGUUGAUCGCCCCGGUGCUGACCCGCCUGCAGGCGGGCUGGGGGAAGAAGGUGGCUCUGGGCUCCUACCCUGACUGGCUCAGUAACUACCACCGGGUCAGGCUGGUGCUGGAUUCAGACAGCUCUGAGGAGGUGGAGAAGGCCCGGGCUCAGCUGCUGGAGGAGAUGCCCAAAGGCAGUGUGGUUCCCCUGGUCACGGACCCGGUGUCCAUCGCUACUGAGGAGGUCUACACACUGGCCAACAGCGGCACACCGCUGGGUGUUAAAGUGGCAAACGCUCUGAAGACCAUCGAGACUGCUCUGGAUCAGUAUUCGGCAGGGGAGAUCUGUGUGGGCUUCAAUGGAGGCAAAGACUGCACUGCUCUACUACAUCUAUAUUACGCUGCACUGAAACGGCGGUAUCCGGAGGGUAAGGACAAGGUAAAGGCUCUGUACAUUCGCAUCGUCUCUCCCUUCCCAGAGAUGGAGAGAUUCCUCCAGGACACAAUAAAGAGGUAUGACCUGGAGAUUUUCUCAGUGGAGGGCAGUAUCCGGCAGGCAUUGAGUGAGGUACAGGAGAGGAGGCCGGAGCUGAGAGCUGUGUGUAUGGGCACCAGGAGGAGUGACCCCUACUCACACACACUCACACCCAUGUGUCUCACUGACCCUGGAUGGCCGGACUACAUGAGGGUCAACCCCCUGCUGGACUGGACGUAUCAUAAUAUCUGGUCAUUCCUGAGGACUCUAUAUGUGCCCUACUGUAUUCUAUAUGAUAAAGGGUACACCUCAUUGGGCAGCAUGGACAACACUUGCCGAAACCCCGCCCUCCAAGUGGUGGAUGGGAGGGGCGUGAGCCGCUAUAGACCUGCCCACCACUUGGAGAAUGAGGAAAUGGAGCGCGACUCACGUGAAUGAUGUCACUUCCUUGUUUGUGUAACACCUUCCUAAUAUUGAGUUGCACCCCCCUUUUCCCUCAGAACAGCCUCAAUUUGUUGGGGCAUGGACUUUACAAGGUGUCAAGCGUUCCACAGGGAUGCUGGCCAUGUUGACUUCAGUGGUUCCCACAGUUGUGUUAAGUUGGCUGGAUGUCCUUUGGGUAGUGGGCCAUUCUUGAUACACAGGAAACUGUUGUGUGAAAAACCCAGCAACGUUGCAGUUCUUAACACUCAAACCAGGGCGCCUGGCACUUACUACCAUACCCCGUUCAAAGGCACUUCAAUAUUUACUCUUGCCCAUUCACCCUUUGAAUGCACACAUACACAAUCUAUGUCUCAAGGCUUAAAAAUCCUUCUUUAACCCGUCUCCUCCCCUUCAUCUAAACUGAUUUGAUGUGGAUUUAACAUGUGACAUCAAUAAGGGAUCAUAGCUUUCACCUGGUCAGUCCAUGUCAUGGAAAGAGCAGGUGUUCUUAAUGUUUUGGACACUCAGUGUAUAUUAUAGCAUAUUUGUAUACUGCAGUGGAGGCAUGUGGGAGAUGCUAUAUGACGGGUUCGAACAUAUGGAAACUACAUUUUUGACCCAUUACAAUGAGCCGGUCUUCCUAUACCUCCUCCCACCAGCCUCCACUGAUAUAUUGUAUAUACUGUGCAUAAUUUUGAGUGGGGUAGGAGAGGGAGUGCGAAAGAGACUAGGAACAAUGAAGGGAGGGAGAGAAGGAGAGUUAUGAAUGUGUUGGAGGCUCAAAAGCAGGUCUGGCUGCUCCUCUGAGAACAUGUUUUUACAUUUCAAUCAUUUGGUAGACGCUCUAAUCCAGAGCGAUUUACAAUUAGUGCAUUCAUCUUAAGAUAGCUAGGUGAUACAACACAUCACAAUCGUAUCAAGUACAUUUUCCCUCAACAAAGGAUCAGCAAAGUCAGUGCUAGUAGGAAAAGACAAGUGGAUUUUUUUGGGGCGUCGUGAGCGUUAUUUAAGAUACUCUUCAAAGAGGUCGGGUUUCAUGAUGCGAACUUCAACUGGAAGUCAGUGAAGUGUGCAGGGGAGCGGGGUGACAUGGCAAAACUUAGGAAGGUUGAACACCAGGCGGGCUGCAGCAUUCUGGAUAAGUUGCAGGGCUUUGAUGGCACAAGCGGGGAGCCCAGCCAACAGAGAGUUGCAGUAGUCUAGACGGGAGAUGACAAGUGCCUGGAUAAGGACCUGCACCGCUUUCUGUGUGAGGAAAGGUCGUGCUCUACGGAUGUUGUAGAGCAUGAACAUGCAGGAGCAAGUCACUGCUUUGAUGUUUGCCGAGGACAACAGGGUGUUGUCCAGGGUCACGCCAAGGUUCUCACCCUGGGAGGGGGACACCGUGGACGGAGAGGUCUUGGAGUGGGCAGGCCUUCCCUGGGAGGAGUAGCAGCUCUGUUUGUUGAGCUUGAGGUGGUGGGAUCACAUCCAAGCUGAGAUGUCUGUCAGGCACACAGAGAUGCGUGUCGCCACCUGAGUGUCAGACGGGGGGAAGGAGAAGAGUAGUUGAGCAAUGAAAGGAGAGCCCAUGUGAGGAUAUGACGGAGCCGAGUGACUUGGUAGAAAGAGUAGAGGGGCUAGAACCGAGUCUAAUGACUCACACAAACACUCUCUCUGGUGUGUAAGCACACACACAAACACUCUCUCUCUGGUGUGUAAGCACACACACAAACACUCUCUCUCUGGUGUGUAAGCACACACUCUCUCUCUGGUGUGUAAGCACACACUCUCUCUCUGGUGUGUAAGCACACAGUCUCUCUCUGGUGUGUAAGCACACAGUCUCUCUCUGGUGUGUAAGCACACACUCUCUCUCUGGUGUGUAUGCACACACACAAACACUCUCUCUCUGGUGUGUAAGCACACACUCUCUCUCUGGUGUGUGUGUAUGCACACACACAAACACUCUCUCUCUGGUGUGUAAGCACACACACUCUCUCUGGUGUGUAUGCACACACACACUCUCUGGUGUGUAAGCACACACACUCUCUCUGUGUAUGCACACACACAAACUCUCUCUGGUGUGUACACACACCCAUAUUUAAUGAGACGACAAACUUUAGACUGAGAUAACGUGUCCUAUAUUCGUGUCUUCAUUGUGUGCUGAUCUAGAGAUACCUUAUCUACACAGUAAUACAGGUCAUUACAACAGACUUAUUGUUGUCAACAUUUACAUGUAUUUAUUAUGGUACUGGCCCAGGUGAUUUGGUAUACCAAUAAAGAACACACAGGGCGGUCUCCCGAGUGGUGCAAUGGUCUAAGGCACUGCAUCGCCUUAAACCGCUGAGGCGUCACAACAGCCCCGAGUUCAAUCCCAGGCUGUGCCACAGCUGUCGUGACCGGGAGACGAAUGAUGCGGCGCGCAAUUGGCCCAGCGUCGUCCAGAUUAGGGGAGGGUUUGGCCGGCUGGGAUUUCCUUGUCCCAUCGCGCUCUAGCAACUCCAUGUGGCGGGCUGGGCACCUGCAAGCUGACAACGAUCGCCAGUUGGACGGUGUUUCCUCAGACACAUUGGUGCGGCUGGCUUCCGGGUUAAGCAAGCAGUGUGUUAAGAAGCAGUGCGGCUUGGCAGGGUUGUGUUUUGGAGGACACGUAACUCGACUUUCACCACUCCCGUGUCCGUAGUGGAGUCGCAGCGAUGGGUCAAGACUAACUAUCAAUUUGAUAUCAAGAAAAAGGGGUAAAAUAAAAAACACAUAGGGCUCUAUUUUAUCAGAUCCUCUUUAGCUGAUAUCCGCAUAGCGCUUGUUUUGGCAGUGUCGGAGGUGGAACUGCAUUUGGGUGGCAGGUAGCUUAGCAGUUAAAGCAUUGGAACAGUCACUGAAAGGUUGUUGGUUCAAAUCCCUGAGCCGACAGUAAAAUCUGUCUGUGCCCUUGAGUAAAGCACUUUAACCUUAAUUGCUCCUGUAAGUUGCUCUGGAUAAGAGCAUCAGCUAAAUGACUAAAAUGUAAAUCCACAAGCAGCUCCUGGCAUUAUACCUAAAGUGAACAUUGCCAUUGGCUGCACAGAGCUGCAUUAACAGAAGUCCCAUGCAGAUUUGUUGGAACAUUGGAGUGUGAGAUGUAGGUUAAUCUACACCUUGAUUAGGAUGAUAGAAAACCUCUAUUUCAUUGAAUGAUUUUUCAAUUUGAGCAUGAUUAUUUCUAUAUAGCCUACACUUUCUGGUCCUGAACUUCUGGUCCUGAGCGGGACGGGGGUGUGGCUUCGUGACAAUGACCGCAAGAGCAGCUGUUCACUGUUUUAACUGCUCCAACCCAGUUCCACCUCCAACACGCCAAAACAUCAGCUAUGUGGGUGUCUGCUAUCAUCUGAUGUGAUUUCAUCCAUAUAGGCCUUAAUAUAUAGUGUAUGGUGCAAUCUAAAACGGCAUAGAAUUAAAAAGGCCUACAGCUACUGCAAAGUAGUGUAAUCUACAUUCAAUUCAAACAGGCAUGUAUCUAUGAUACCUCAACAAAGACCUACCCAUAGAGAUCCUAUUAAAUUACAAGAGGGGCUGUCAUAAACCCUCAAAGUUCCAGAAUAUUGUCAUAUAAUUAUAAUUAGGCCUACAGUUUAUAUAGGUUUUAUACACAUUUUCUGUAUAUCUUCCAAAAUAUAUGCAAACAGACCAUAAAUGUCUCAAUGUUUGUUUUCUUGGAAAGCUGUGUGUUAUAAUAUGAUGCAUUAUCCAUACUUGCUACAUUUACAACUUGUCUAAGUCCUAGCAUCAACGGAUUUCAGCCAGUGUAUGGCUGUGGAUUGAUUGCAUUGUUUGUAUGGAAUGUUAAUAGUAAUAAUUGAUAUAACUUUUAUAGUGCUUUUCUUUACAGAAAAUAAUGUCAAAGUGCAUAAAAAGCUAAAUAAGCAAACAAUACAUUUAGAUGGUAGAGAUGGAGAUUGAAUAUUCCUUUGGCUUCGGAUGAAAGGCUGGGAGUUAAGGCAGUUUGGAUUGAAAGGCGGCAGUGUUGCUUCAGGUGAAAGGCUGGGAGAUGAGGCAGUUUGGAUUGGAAAGGCAGUGUAGCUUCAGGGAGGGGGCAUCGAUGGUAGAGCCAGAGAGAAACAGACAGUCUGCUUCUCCGACAGUCAGUUCCUCCAUAGGACCCACUCCUCCGUAGCUACUGCUCCUCCACUGCCCAACAUGUAGCACCCACCUAGGUGAUGCCACAUCUGCUGAAAAGUUUAACUUUUUUGGAAUAAUAUUGGAAGUUAAUUAGAACAGAUAUUUGAAUUAUUCCACUUAAAAUGGCUGGCUAGCUAGCUACUAAACAUAACGUGCAGAUAAUCUUCAAAUUCAUUGUUUUACACCACACUGGCUGGACAUGGUGGACUGACUCCCUGACCAAAAUGGCUGACCUUUUAUGGUGUCAUAAGACCUUUUAUGUCCAUUCUGGUAUUCUAAUUCCUAAUUAUAUGGAAAUAUCUGUGCCAUUAAGCAGAACAUCCAGAAGAAAGGUUUUAACUAUCUCUCUCACAGAACAGUUGAUUCAGGAUGGGACAGCAUUCAUUUUACAGUAGGUCUAAGAUGCAGUUUCAGUGUCCAACCUCAAGGGAGCGUUGUUCUCACGUUUUUCAUUUAGCCCUUUGAUUACAAUAAAUUACUCUUUCUGUUUUCAAGCGUGACUGAAUCCCGGCGUAUCGAUUCCCCUCUCCCCGCCAGGAGAUUAGUCGAUGCUCCGGCAGCAGGGAUCGAUACAAGCCGAUCUAAUCAAGCGGGUCGCUUACGAGGCCUCCCCAGGCCUCACACAAUGUUACACCAUCAAUUACCUUCUCUGCCCUCGCUCUGUCUCACUCCCGUCUCCCCCAACUUCACCGGUCUGGGUGUUAUGGCGUGAUUAGAUCAUUAUUAAUAAGAGAGACAAUAAGAUGAGAUAUUACAAUUAUAAAAGUAAUGGUGUUAGAUUGUGGGACUUGAUAGGAGAUUGUCUGGAAUAUGAUGUAGGUAUGUUUGGAGUGAUUACUUUAUAUUGCUUAAGAUGCUUGUCAAUUACAAAUGUAGUGUGUGUGUGUGUGGCAGGUGUUCAGUAUGUAAUUAUUUCAGAGAAGCAGGUGUCCCCCCUCUUUCACUUUCCCCCUCUUCCCCAAGAUCUACCCCAUACUCUCUCUCUCUCUCUCAUCCUCCAUCACACUCCUCCAUCCUCAUAUCCCUCCCUUUCCUCCGCUGACCCUUAUUCCCUCUAGUCUUUAAUGUCCAACUUUCAGAGUUUACCGUCUCAUAAACAGGAGCUAGAUGGUGCCAAUCUUUCCCAUUUGUCUGGGAUGGAGCCUGCAGAUUUCCCAUAAUGCAUAUUGCUGAAUUUAUUUACACAACAGAUGGCAUGGAAUACAGACACAGCUUGACUUUAGAUCACUGUUGAUGUGAAAAAGGUGUGAAAAUGUCUGACAGACUUUGAUUUGGUAGAGAGCUAUUGCCUUAACAUCCCCAGAUGUAAGCGUUCUUCAGAUAGUGUGUGUGUGUUCUAUAGAGGAACGUCUUUAAUCCAAUUGCAUGCUCUCUCAGUUGUAAGAGGAGACGAGGCAGCAUGAGACAGCGAUUCAGCUCCCCGUCCUGAGAGGGAUGCUGAACACUUAGGAUGAAUGGAUUCUCAGUGGUUAGAAAUCAUCUGGAGGAGCGAGAGAGGAGCGGAAGAGUAGAGAUAGAAAGAGAGGAGCGAGACCUUUGGGUCUAUGCAAAUCACAAAGUGAUCGGCUUGUAAAGUCGACCAACUAGAAUGCAGAAAAUGUGAUGUUCACUAUCAAAGUGUCACAUUUAAAGGGGAUGAAAGUAAGAGAGAAUAAAGAGAAAGACGGGGAGAGAGAAUGAGAGAAAGAGGGAGAGAGAGCUCUUUGAACUGUCAUGUGAGGUGUGACUGAGUGAGGUGAUUUAAGUUUGUGUCUAGCUUUGGUUUCUACACAUAAUGGUAUUCUCAUACUCAGGUUUGCCACAGUUCUGAGUUCAGUUAACAAAAUCUAGACCCCUGCUUGUAUUGGGGUACAUGAAGGAGUUUCUGAAAAGCAUUUCAAACCAGACAUCACAGGGUUCACUCAAAGUAAAUGCAGCAUGGCUUACAGAUUCAUAACCGAUUAUCUAAAACUGAUGAGAAAAUUCACAGAGGUUGGAUUUGUGGGGUUCGUGUUUUGUACUGAGAACAUUAACACAGAAAAAGAUAUCCAGAAGUUGCUAAUUGCAAUAUCCUUAAGAUUGUCACGGCUCAGUGAACGGUAUGCCUAGAUAGGGCUGAGAAGUCUUUGAUUGUGCAUGUACUUGAGAACGUCUUGAACAAUUGGUCAGAUUGUGUGUAACAGUCCUCCAUUGUUCUUGUAAAGACUGAACAAACACGAGAGCUUUGUGAAGUUAUAGAAAUUACGUCAUGGUAAAAACCACCUUCCCACUUGGUUAUGAACGCAGCAUUAGACACUGAUCUAUACAACUAAUUGAAAUGUCGUUGAACAUGUGUUCAAAGAAUGUCUUGCCAUUUCUCAGGAAACAAAACUUAAACUGAAAAUAUCACAACACACCUGUCUGUCUAUUAAUUAAGCAUGAUUAAUAGUAUACCUUAUAUUUGCUCUAAAUAAAGUUAAGCUAUUCAAAACGACACUGGAAAGUUGAAUUAAGAGAAAAUAUUUCUAAAUGCUCCUAAUAGGUUUCAUAAACAUAUCAAUUACUGUAAUGUGGCUUUAACAGUUAACAAUACAAAAUAUCUGAUGACGCAGAUGUGGGUGUGGCUGUUUUUAUAGAUGCACACAACCGUUAAUAUUUAAAGAGACUCACCUGAGUAUCACCGGUCAUACAGCACAACAGAGACGACACGCCAACGUUGUCUCAGUGAUUAGUAAAGAUAAUCACAAAAUAACAUUUACCACUUUAGACAAACUAAUCCUCCAUUGUCCCUGUAAAGACAAAACAAACACAUGAGAACUUUGUGAAUUUAUAGAAAUUACCUCAAGAAAGUUAAUUGAAUCAUAUCUGAAUCAAGAAUCAAAUCCAGUUUUCUAGUAAAUUCCGCACUUCCUUUACUGAAUUUAUAUGAAAAUAAUGUAAUUUGUCCUCGAGUGUUCAUACACAAUUCUCAGAAGACCACACAAUUCCUUAACUCUGAAAGGAGGACAAAAAGAUAUAUUUUUAAAUUCACACGCCCCGACCCCCUCAAAACAAAGGAUGCAGCAAUUAUACAUUACACCUUACAAUGGAAAGUCACAUAGAGAGACAAAUGUAACCCUUCAAAUUGCCUUUCUUCUACAGGUUUAAGAAACAUACACUUGAGAUGUUCUAUAAAAUACAAGAAUGGGACUUUAAUAAAUAUUAAUUGUUUGACAUUGGCAGUCGUUCCUACUUCAACAAUAACAUGUCAUUUGCUUUUCUUCAUAGAAGAUGCUACCUACUUCACUAAAAUGUGAAAACGAAAAAACAAAACAACUCAUAUUUCUUCCUAUGAACUGAUUGUAAUAAAUAUUAAAUCUGGAAGCACCAGAUUUAUACAACAUGGUUCCAGACAUCAGUGUUCAUACCCCUGGAAUAAUCAUAACAUUCCUGAAUAACCUGCUUAGACCAGAACAACAUUUGUAACACUCAUUAAGGAAUAUUGAGAACCAAAUGUGUGUGUAAAGUAAUAAAGUAAUUAUUAAAAUUAAUUUCAGUUAA